CUCAGAGGAGGAAGAAUUAUUUUCGCCGUGCUCUCUGUUGUUGUUUUGUCGGCAUGCUCCCUUAAUACAAACAGUUAGAAACGUUUCUUUUAAGAUAAAAAUACAGUUUCUUGAUCAGUUCAGUAAAUAGGCGUACCUGUAAUAUUUUCAUCUUCACAGUCGUCUAAGUUUUGAAACAUGCAGGAAUAUCUGGAGGAGUAUCAGCUGAACUAAGAUCUGCUGCUGUGAAAAUGAUGUUUGUUAAAGAGGAGAGUGAACACGAGGAACCAGAAACCUGGAGAAUAAAACACGAGGAUCAAGAAACAUGGGGAAUAAAAUAUGAGGAACCAGAAAAAUGCGGAAUAAAACACGAGGAACCAGAAACCUGGAGAAUAAAUCAAGAGGAACCAGAAACCUGGAGAAUAAAACAUGAGGAACUAGAUACCUGGAGAAUAAAACACAUGGAACCAGAAACCUGUAGAAUAAAACACGAGGAGCCAGAAACCUGGAUAAUAGAACACAAGGAACCAGAAACCUGGAGAAUAAAACACGAGGAACCAGAAACCUGGAGAAUAAAACAGGAGGAACUAGAAACCGUGAGAAUAAAACAGGAGGAACCAGAAACCUGGAUAAUAGAACACAAGGAACCAGAAACCUGGAGAAUAAAACACGAGGAACCAGAAACCUUGAGAAUAAAACAAGAGGAACCAGAAACCUGGAGAAUAAAACAAGAGGAACCAGAAACCUGGAGAAUAAAACACGAGGAACUGGAAACCGUGAGAAUAAAACACGAGGAACCAGAAUCCUGCAGAAUAAAACACGAGGAAUCAGAAAACGGGAGAAUAAAACAUGAGGAACCAGAAAGAGAGUUAAUUGAAGAAAAAGAGGAGAAUGAAGAAUCAAGUGAAGUUGAGGAGAAAAAUCACGUCAAAACUGGAGGAAAACCUUUCAGUUUCUCUCAAAGCAAACAGAAAGAUUUAAAGAAAAAAAGAGCAAAGAAGUCCUUCAGCUGCACUCACUGUGGAAAGAGAUUCAGACUCAAAACAGGUUUUGAGCGUCACAUGAGAAUUCAUACUGGAGAGAAACCAUUCACUUGUGAUCAGUGUGGGAAGAGUGUCAAACUAUCAGCAAACCUUAAGAUACACAUGAAAAUCCACACAGCAGAGAAGAAGCACACAUGUGAUCAAUGCGGUAAAAUGUUGUUAUGGGUUUCACUUCUGAAGAAACACUUGAAAGUUCAUGCAAAGGAGAAACCACAUCCAUCUAAUUUGUGUGGUAAGAGUUUUUUGCAUCUAAAAAGUUUGAAAGUACAUCAGAAAAUACAUACUGGUGAAAGAGAGUACAUGUGCUUUGAGUGUGAGAAGACUUUAAGUUCAGCAAGAGGUUUAAAACAGCACGAGAGGAUCCACACUGGAGAGAAAAUGUAUAAGUGUUUACACUGUGACAAGAGAUUCAGUCAGUCAGUAUAUCUAAAAAAACAUGAAAGGAUCCACACUGGAGAGAACCCUUACAAGUGUUCACACUGUGAUAAGAGAUUCAGUCAGUCAGUAUAUCUAAAAAGACAUGAAAGGAUCCACACUGGAGAGAAACCUUACAAGUGUUCACACUGUGACAAGAGAUUCAUUAGAUCAUCAGGUCAGAAAACACAUGAGAGGAUUCACACUGGAGAGAAACCUUAUAAGUGUACACACUGUGACAAGAGAUUCAUUAGAUCAUCAGGUCAGAAAACACAUGAGAGGAUUCACACUGGAGAAUAA